GGGUUACUCCUGGCUCUGCACUCAAGAAUCACCCCUGGCAAUGCUCAGGGGACCGUGUGGGAUGCUGGGAAUCGAACCCUAGUCGGCCGCGUGUAAGGGAGAGACUUCGGUCACAAUGUCUACCAACCCGGAUAUUUCUAUUUCUUCGUAUGAUGAAGGUCAGGGAUCUAAACUUAUUCGCAAAGCUAAAGAGGCACCGUUUGUCCCCAUUGGCAUGGCGGGUUUUGCAGCGAUUGUUGCCUAUGGAUUAUACAAAUUGAAGAAUAGAGGAAGUACUAAAAUGUCGGUUCAUCUGAUCCAUAUGCGUGUUGCUGCUCAAGGCUUUGUUGUUGGAGCAAUGACUCUUGGUAUGGGCUAUUCCAUGUAUCAGGAAUUUUGGGUAAAACGUAAACCUUAGAAGAAGAAAUGCUGUUUUGGUCUUGGUGGUACUUGUUUUAGUUAGAUGUCUCAUAUUGAGGUUAUAUUUUUAUGGCGAAAGUAAAUUAUUUGAAUCAGACAGUAACAUGAUAAUUUGAAUAUUGGCUUCAUUUCUUGCAGGCUUGAUUUGCCUGUUGAUAAAAUUACUGGUGACAAGUUUAUUCAGGGGAGUCAGGUUAACACAAAAGAAAUGUCAUUCAAAUGCUUUUGAUGGUAAAUGUACAUCUUCUUAAAUUUUUUUGUUGAAAUCAGUACUAAAGAAGACAGCAGUCUUUAAAUACUCCCGGUUGCUGCAGCCUAUCACAUGCUUUUUAUGAAAUGUAGGAGUCCUACUAACCCUGGUUACGUGAACUUUUUCCGUCUUGAUUUAUGUACUCUUAGAAUACUUCAGUAUUAAGGACUGGCUGGCUCUUUAAGAACAAUGCAUGAAAAUGUAAACAUGUCUCCCCAUAAUUCAAAAUGUGUGUAUAUGUUUAAACAGGCCUAAAAAACUAAUAACAGAACUGUUAAAUACUUAUUUCAGAAUCACACCUGUACUUGUUAAACAUGAGAGUAACAUUCUGCAUUUCAGUUGAAUUCUUUUAUAAUUGCAGAAUUUUAUUUUUGCUGCUGUUACUAGAAUAAUUUUUAAAUGUCUUGAAAUAAAAAAAGGUAUUUUAAGAACUAAAGCAAAACUAAAUAUUAAGUUUUUAAUAUGUGCAUUCUGUUUAUUUUCUCUCUUGAAAACAAUAAUAAUCAUAAAUGUUAAAUGUGAUAAUCAUAAAUGUUAAACUACCUAAAGUAGAAAUGAUGAUUUAUGAGCAGACUGGUUUGGUCAGACAUUUAUGCAGAUUUUGUUAUACCACAGAAUGUUUUACUGAACUUGUGAAAUUCUUUCUAACCUGAAUUUACAUUCCAUGGUGAUACAUGGUAAAUGUAAUAUUAAUAAAGUGAACAUGUCCGA